CCCGCUCACCGGGCCCCGGGACUCCCCCUAGUUGCUUUUCAUCCGCCCAUUUCGACAGCUGACAUUUCCGGGAUAGAGCACCCUCUCUGCCCCGAAUACCACGCAACGCCCGUCACAAUGGCCGUCUCCGAGAAGCCCGGUACCAACGCCGUCCGCGCUCGCCCGCCCCACAAUGCCUUCGCCGCCAGCAUCCUCUCCCCUUCCAUCAUCAUCUCGGCCGCCGUCACCCUCGGCCUGCUCGAGACCGUCUGGAAGCCGGUUGUUGAGAACUUCAAGUUCGAGCGCCUGACCCUCCUGCACGAGCCCAAGUACCCGAUCAUCGCCACUCUCGGCUACGUCCUCAUGCUCAUCUUCCUGCCGAUGGUCAUGAAGAACCGCCAGCCCCUCAACCUCAAGUGGGUCAUGGUCAUCCACAACUGGAUUCUCUCCACCGGCUCCCUGGUCAUGACCAUCGGCAUGCUCAAGGAGGUCGCCCUCUACGCUCUCAAGAACCCCCAGUGGGUCCACCUCACCUGCGACCCGAACUACACCCACCGUGCCUCGACCAACCUCUUCUUCUGGUACUACAUCUUCUACCUGUCCAAGAUGUAUGAGUUCAUCGACACUGCCAUCCUGAUCCUGCGCAAGAAGAACGUCAUCUUCCUCCACUGGUACCACCACAUCAUCACCCUGUGGCUGUGCUGGGUUUGCCUCGACGUCGACCUUGGUAUCCAGUGGUUCUCCUCCGCCUCCAACACCCUGGUCCAUGUCUUCAUGUACUACUUCUAUGCCUCUCAGACUCUGAACAUUCAGGUCUCCUGGAAGAAGCACCUCACCACCCUGCAGAUCGUGCAGUUCGUCCUCGGCAUCUCCAGCAACCUCUCUUGGGCCUACUUCACCAUCAUCAAGGGCAUCACCUGCUCCGGUAACUGGUUCUCCUUCUGGUUCGGCAAGUUCGUCCUGGUGUCCUUCCUGGUCCUCUUCAUCCAGUUCUACCGCCGCUCCUACAAGAAGAAGCCCGUCGCCGCCGCGACCAAGACCAACUAAGCGAAUGUGGGUCUACACAUCGGCUUGGUGGUGACCGUGGAGGUGAGUGACGCGGCGCGCGUGUGGCUGUUGUUUUGAAGCACACACGCGGCCCACUCCUCCGGCCCGCGCGCCCCCUCUCCCCCCUCCCCUCCUCUCCCCCGGCCUGGAGGUCUCUCUGCUGUCCAUGGAGUUUGGCUGUUGCCUCGCUCUCUCGGCGCCCUCUCUUGUGGGUGUGCCGGGGGCGUGUCAGCACCCCCCCUUCUCCUCCCGCCCUCCCUCCGCCCUCUCUCAUCGUUAUGUGCGAGUCGCGCGCCGCGCGCUGCGCCUCGCGAUAGAAGGGAUUCGCUUCCCCCCCUCCCCCCUCCCCCCCUCU